ACGUUUCAUUUACAUAUAUUUGUCAUUAGCUAUUUCACCUCAUCAGAAUUUACUGCGGAGCUACAGUGAGUGUGUUAGUUUGUUUUCAUUCAAUCAUGGCUCAGCGGAGGUCGGUGACUCCUAUCAUAGCCACAAUCCGGAAUUGGUUCCUCGGAUUCAAGCAUCAAUCACCUCUUCGUUAUGAAGAAGAAUAUGGUAAAAGAACUCAACCACCUCCGAGCUUACCUGUAGGUCCUCAUCAUAAACUUUCUGGUAACUAUUAUUACACUCGAGAUGCUCGUCGAGAGGUUUUGCCGCCAGCAAUAGCUUACAGCCCAGCACCAGCUCUUGCUGCAGGAGAAACUGCUGAGUCUCAAGAAACAGUAAAGAAACUGCCGCCAAUUCCAGGCUUUGGUUAUGAUUGGGCUACAGGGAAAUCAGAAUACAAGACGAAAUGAAGAUUGAUAGCUGAUUAGAUAAUGUUGCUUACACACGACCAUGCUACAACUUGGCUGAGAAGUCCUUUGAUAAAAUUCAAAAGAAAUUCUUGUGUAAGAAUCAGAAAAAAAAAAACAAGUUAUUUAUAGAAUUAAAUACAAGUUUGUAAAUGUUUGUGGUUAUGUUCCUGACUUCUGAGAGAGUGCCAGGCAUCUUGUUCUGUGAUGCAGAAAUAUUGUACAUACUGAAUUAAUUGCUAUUAUCAAUAUCUAAGAUAAUAAAAUAGACACUUAAUAAA